AUGCUCGGCCAGCUGCUCCAUUCCUUUAACCCAUCCCGCCGCGGCACCCCGCGCCAGUCGAGCAACCUCAUAGAAUCCGUCACCGAGGACUCUCACACCCGCAACCUCCUCUUCCCCGACGCCCAGGCCCUAUACCAGUCCGACUCGCAACAAUCCUUCCCCCAGCUCUUCUCCAGCGGCAGCCCCGCCGGCGGCGCUUCCAACGAUGGCGCCCAGGCUGGCAUUGACCUCGACCAACACCGCGACUUCCGCAUCAUAAUCGCCCAAGAUGAGGCCGGUGCGAUGCCACGAACCGUUCUCUUCGACUCGAAACCCGGCCCCGGGAGCGCAGACUCGCCAUCGGCCGCUUCCGAGCGGAGAGGGAGCCGUAUGUUCGGUCCAGGCGGAGGCAUUGGUGGGCCCAUGUCGCCGGGUCAGGCGCCGGGGGCAGCCUCUGCCUUCACGCCUGGCCACGGCAGGAGAUCCUCGCUCGCCGCCCAGGGCUCGGUGCCUCAAUCGCCGACCGUCAGUGCGUUCCAGCGCGCCCGUACACGAGGAGCAUCGAUAUCGAACAUGCAGACGUUUGAGGAGAGCGCUCAAAAUGCCAGGUCGCGGGAGUCGGAAGAAAUAGUGAGGACGUGCUUGGAUUGUAUGUUUGGUUCGGCGCCAAUGGCAUAUCGUGGCCCAAGCAACAAGUUGCACAUCAUCCCAAUGGAACCGCGAGCUGCUGAAAGGAACGUUACGAGCCCUCCGCUUCACGAGGGAUUCAGUUCUCUAGGAAGAUCGCCGAGCCGGAGAAGCAGAUUGGCAACGUCAUACACCGCCUCGAACAUCCCACCUGAGCCCUCACCAUCCACGGCGGAAACCUCACAAAAGGAAGUCCGCCGGCGAACCAUCCUCAUCACCCGGCUCUUCUCUGUCUCUCCGCCGGACGAAGUUGAAAUGCCGGAUUCUUCAACAUCAAAUUCCACUACCCCUACUCCUGGGAGUUCGAUAGGCAAGGGCAGCAGCAGUUUCCCUUUUCCGCACAUGACCUCCAGCGGUUCUUCGCAAUAUUCUGGGAGGAGAACGAGGCCAUGCAGAACGCCCAUGUACGCUAUUGGCAUCAUUCUCCAUCUCCCAGUUUCACCACCGCCUCCCCGUUCCGCGUCUCAUAGGGCAGGUUCGAAGUCCCAUGGUGGUCAAGAGUCUCUUGGUUCCUCCUUUGAUUCAGAUCGCCGUGCCGGUUGGGCAUUUGUGGACGCCACGUUUGGCGUGGAUUCGCUGCUCUCGCUAGCCGGCAACAGCGAUGUUGAUGACCGGGUUGAUGUCAUUGGACAGCACUGGGACGUCAUCGUUCGAACUCUGACCAGCCUUCAGUUCCUCGUUCAGGACAAGAUCAUGGGCCUGUUCAAAGCCGCUGAGCAGGCAACCCCGCAGUCGCAGCCCCCGAGCCGUAAUCAUGGAUCUACCAGAAGCUCGCACCGAGAACCAAUCAUGCCCCCCCGUCGUAUGCUUAAGUUGCAGCCGUUUGCACUGUUGUUUGACCCAGAUGUCAAAGCUGCUGUCGACGUAGCUGCUGAUCGGGUAGUCCGCGGAAUGAAGGUUCCCCGGGUCAUCACUGGUCAAGGUAGAUGGGGUGUUUGGCGUGAAGAAGCCCGAUGGCUUGGACGCUGGGCGGGUGGAAGGGAGCAAAACUUCUUCCUCUUCAACCUGCUUACCGCAUUCUUGGGCACGCACACGGAAUGGCUGAACAUCCUUGGACCGAAAUCCUAUCGAACCAAGUAUCGGGAGCAACAGCGCAACAUUGCCGGCGAAGACAUCACGAUCGCAAACCGGACCAUCAUAAUAUCAGCAGAUAAGAUGGCUGCGAGGCGCCUGAUCUUCCUACUGUCCAAUUUCCUCCCAGCUUCGAGCCAUGGUCUUUUGGAAGGAGCAUCCCCGAUGCGCCCCAGCACUUCAACAUCGUUACGAGGGUAUUCCCAGUCACCCCCGAAUACAUCGGGAAUGGCGAGGCAGCAAUCCCUCAGGCGCACAAUCAACCGAAAGGGGCACAAGAGCUAUCCAAACAUGAGCGCUCUGAAUGGUGCGAAGGGUAGCAAUCCCGACUUGCCCGAAGAGAAGGCAGAGGAGAAGGAGGAAAAACGACCCCCAUCCAGGUCUGCACCUCACUCUAGGCGACCGUCUCAAGUCCAUUCCAUCAGGUCGAUAAACGCUACCGGUCUCGCGAUUCCAUCCAUGGUCGAGGACCCAGCAAUUCGUAAGGGAAGCACGACUACCACAUCCACCGUUACCCCUGAAACAGCGGUUCCUGUCGCCCACUUCGCUGUUCAUCGCCACAACUCAGGUUCAACAUCUUCUAAUGAGGCACGCCCACCGAGCAGUGGCAGCCUCGCCUCAGUCAACCUGAGGCAUACCUUGCACCGUACUGGAAGCAGCACCGCCAGUGCCGGCACUGAUACCUCGAGCAGAAAAUGGGGCAGCUUCAUGAGCUUCUGGAACGGCAGUGGACGCCGCGAAUCCUCGACUGAUCACAGCGACAUCUUGCAGUCUACUGACGACGGCGUUGGCAUGGGAGGAUUCGGCUAUCGCCGGACCCACAAUCACUCCGCAAGCAAGCUUGAGCACAUGGUCCAAGAGCUUCAAGUCGAUGAUUUCGACCAAGCAGACUCGGAGGAUUAUGAAGCAGCUGCCAAUGUGGAGCACAGCCCUAUGUCUCCUGGUGCACCGCACAGCGCGGCGCGCGCCAUCCCUGCUCGCUCUAAGCAUCUUGAUUCUCCGUUGAAACUUUCGGUCAACGAGAACGACGGUGUCAUUGACGUAGACAUUGCUCUUCCCGGCUUCGGCUCGCCAGUUCAAUCUCCACUUCUUCCUGGUCUCGGCAAUUCCGUGGGUAGCCUUGAAGGCUCGACGUUUGGGCCGUCCUUCUGCUCGUCGGCUAUAUCUUUGGAGAGCUCACCUCCCGUCAACGUCGCUGGCUGGCUUGCACGCUACCACCAGGACUUUGCCCUCCAAGGUGUCCAACCGUAUUCGGAGCUAGAGAAUGACGUGCGGAAGUCAAUGAGUGCUGAGCCCACUCCCGUUGCUGCUGUUUCAACUCCAAGCAUGGAAGGUGGCCCGCAGGAAAAGUGGGUGCACGUUUGCACCGCACUCAUUGCUGAUGCAAGGACGUUCACGAUCAAGAGGCUCCGUCUCGAGCCGGUUCCCAUGACGGAAUUGCGUCUUGAAGAGAAGUUUCUGGAAGAAACAGUCAUGGAUCUUGACGAGACACUGGCCGAUGCUUUGGAAAAGGGAAUCUCGUCCAGCGGUGUCAGCACCCCUGCUCUCACGUCGAGCACAGCUUCCAUCCAGCCCGCAACUGCUACCCCAACCCAGCGCACCUCUCAAAUCCAGGACAAGAACCACACGCCGCAGAGGAAGUCUCGUCUCCAGGAGCAAGAUGAAGACGAAGACGUCAGCCCAAAGAAGCAACUGCCUGCGCCAUCAUCUGUCGCCACCUCCACUACCGUCUCCACCACUGCGUCCGCAUCCUCUUCCCGCUCUUCCUCCCGCCGCGGCCGCAACAAUGGCGGUCGCAAUAACCACCAGCAAGAGCAGAGCGACGCUGCGAGCACCAUCACAUCGCUCGAAACGCUGCCGCCGCGCGGCAACCAGGAAUGCAAAUCUCUGGUCCUCGGCGCCCUCGACCAAAUCGUGCGCAGCGUCGCGGCGGAGCGUACCGGCAACUUCAUGCCCUCGCGGGUCGGAAAGGACGACAGCUCAACGAAUCGCACCCCGAAGCAGAGCAAGCGCCGUGCCACCAAGAGCUCGGCUGCGGAGAGCUUGCACAAGGAGAGCACGCUGCGCGAGGGCAUCAGGAGGUGGUUGGCGCAGGUCGAAGAUGGGAAUUGA